AUGACCAACAACUCAUCCCACAUCUGUCCGGUCUGCGCCAAAUCAUACAAGCGGCCGGAACAUCUCCGGAGACACUUCUUCUCCCACCGCCCCGACAGACCCCAUAGAUGUCACCAAUGUGAGAGCGCCUUCCAACGAUCCGACGUGCUCAAGAGGCACCUGAAGACAUGUGAACGAGUCUCACAACCACAACGGAGGCGGUCGUCCGUUUGCACGGUCGAUGAGAGGCCUAACAAUGCUGCGGUUGGCGAAUUCUCGACGGCCACAGAGCUGGUCACACCACCUCUUCAGCCAUCCCUGAUCAACAAUGUUGGGGAGGGCAUUUUGAGCCAACAACCCCUCCCACCGCCGAGUACUUGGUAUCCCGUCGCAGAUAGUGCUUCAGAGUUUGCCUUCUCUGAUGGCUUCUCUGAUGUACCAUGGGCAGAUAUUUUGAGUGUGGAUCUGGGAAACUCGCAGCCUCCGGCCGCAUCCCAGGACGUCAGGAAGCAGAGGUUCCAGUUUCUCAAUGACUUUACGAGCCAUUAUGGGCUUGCACAGUCCUUUGGCUGCGGCACUCUCGCCCAGCGUUCACAUAUGCUUUCCGGGUGCUGGGAAUGCCAAAGCACUGGAAGGGACGAUGCUUUUGGCACCUUCCUUCAAUCCAGCCCUUCUGAUCUCGUGCCGUUCAACACUCUGCCGUAUUUGGAACAUGACACAUGGGAUGGCAAUGACUGUGGGGUAGCUCGAAUUGCCUCGUCUUGGAUAUCCGAUCCCUAUGCAGCGGUAACGAACGACAUUACUUCGCUCAUAAGAAAGGUGGUCGUCGUCAAGUCCCGCCGGAGUAUUGUGACCCAUGAAUGGACUCCGUUAUUGCACCAUAUGAGUUUACGCUUCUUCUCUCCUCCCCAAAUUCGGAAAUAUCUCUCCCUCUACUGGGGCUUUUGGCAUCCUCAAGUGAACUUCAUACACAAACCGACAUUUGAUGUGUUGGCAUCGAAAUCGAUUCUCGUCGCAGCAAUGACAUUGAUAGGGGCUUGUCUCUCUCCGGAUGCAGAAGAUCGCGACAAUGCAAAGAUGUGGCUCAAUUGCGUCGAAGAGCUCGUUUUUACCGAUGACGACUUGCUAGAAGACAGCGACUUUUCCGUAGAAUAUGGAUCCAAGCAUUUCAAUUCGUCGAGGAACAGACUCCAAGCCUUACAGGCGGCGUAUCUGGUCGUCCUGUUCCAAAACUGGGAAGGUGUGGACAAAAGUCGGCGGCGUGUUCGGCGGGAAAGAUUUAGUACGAUCGUCAGCGUGGCAAGAGACAUUGGUCUUCACACAGCGCAGCAGCUCGAUUAUUCGCAGCUAAGUGCCAACGACUUUGUCUGGACAGAAUUCGUGCUCAGAGAAGAACUCAUCCGUGUCUUUCUAUGGAUAUUCCUCAUCGACACUGCGUUUGUCAUAUUCAAUAACCUUCCGCCUCGACUGGUGAUCAAGGAGAUGAAGAUGCACAUGGCUUGCACUGAGGCAACAUUCCAAGCCAGUACCGCUCGGACCUGCUGGGAUCAGAUCCAACGUGACUUGGAACUUAAACGAGAAUCAGGUAAUAUUAAGGCACUAUGUUCUGCGGUCGAGCUUUUGUGCAAGGAUAGUGGUCGCAUUCCGCAGGACCAACUUCUUGCUCUCGCAGACCUCGGGCCGUUGAAUCUGUUCUCCAUGACAUCAGCAUUACACUCUCUGAUAUUCCACUAUCAGAAUUCACUGGGCUGUCAUGGGCAACUGAUCCCGGUCCGCAACGCGAUCCACAAUUGGCGAGAGGCAUGGCUGAUUUAUCAAGCUCAAUCGUUGAUGAAGCCGCGGUACUCGACUGUCGGGGAAGGAGAGGUCCCGUGCAGAGACUUCUGGAGGCAAAUAGGCUUUGUCCGCCACGCCGCUGAGUAUUGGCUUCUCGCAAGUUUCAUGCUGGAAAAGAUAUCGACCGCGGCUGAAGCAUCCGCGAAACAAGACGAGACGGUGGCCGGUGGUUCCGGCGGCGGCGGCGACGCAAGCACCGCACCCGACGCUGAAACAUCUACACCAACGGUGGAACCGAUGCUAGGAAAAUACGACGAAACGAGUAUGCAGCAAGUUCACGAUCUUCUUGCUGAUUUUCAAAAUAUGUAUAUUACGACUGAGAUUGGGUUGUAA